CCCUUCUCUGCCACCAGCACUCUCCAUCCCACAAAGCUGCUGCUGAGCACGGGGGAGCUGACCUCACCUGACUCCCAGGGGAACACCGCUGACAUCAGAUGCACCCGUCUAGGAAGCAGAAAGAAAAGGCCUUAGACAUCUUCUAAGGAGAAUCAUGGCACACAACCAGGAGCCUCUAGACAAGACCCCUGUCAUCAAAUUCAAUGGCCAGGACUUUAACUCCUUGUGGGAUCGUUGCCUAAGCAGAGGCCUACCAUUUGAGGAUGAGACAUUCCCUGCAGAGACUUCUUCCAUAGGUCUGAAGCUGCUCCAGGGAAAAAACCUCUCCAGCCUGAGGUGGAUGCGGCCAAAGGAUAUAUUAAAGGGUAAAUCAGAGCCUCACUUCAUCCUGGAAGGUGCAAGCAGAUUUGACAUCCAACAAGGAAAGGCCGGAGAUUGCUGGUUCCUGGCAACGCUGGGCUCCUUGACACAGAACCCACAGCAUCUACAGAAGAUCCUGAUGGACCAAAGCUUUUCACACCAGUAUGCAGGGAUCUUCCGUUUCCGGUUCUGGCAGUGUGGCCAAUGGGUGGAAGUGGUGGUUGAUGAUCGCCUACCUGUCCUGGAUAAGGAGUACCUCUUUGUGUAUCCUCGCAACAACAACCAAGAGUUUUGGCCCUGCCUGCUGGAGAAAGCUUAUGCCAAGUUUCAUGGAUCCUAUGCCAACCUGCAUUACGGCUUCCUUCCUGAUGCCCUGGUGGACCUCAUGGGAGGGGUGGUCACCAGCAUCGACCUGCACUUUCCUUCUGACCUGGUAACGAUGGUGAAGACAGCAGCCAAGGCAGGCUCCCUGAUGGCCUGCGCCACCCUGGCCAAGCCAACAGGUGAGGCCAGGAGAAUGGAGAACGGCCUGGUCAGUCAGCAUGCCUACACCGUGACGGGAGCCGAGCGGAUUCAGUACGGGAGGAGUUGGGAAGACCUUAUCCGCCUGUGGAACCCCUGGGGCAACACCGAAUGGAGAGGACGCUGGAGUGAUGGGUCUCUGGAAUGGCAGAAAACCCACGACCAACAAAAAAGACUGCUGUAUGAGAAUAAGGAAGAUGGAGAGUUUUGGAUGUCAUGUCAAGAUUUCCAAGACAACUUCUCCUGCCUGUUUGUAUGUAACCAAUUUCCAGUCAGCCUAAACCAAGGAAACAUGCCUCAUAAAAUAUGGUCCCAAAUGAUGUUUAAGAACCGUGCAACUCCAGGAAACACCACAGAAGGACUUCCGAGGGACACGCAGUACAUCUUCUCUGUGCCAGAGGGCAUGGAAAGCAACAAUGUCAUCAUAUCCGUCAAUGUCAGGCUGCAAAAUUUAAAGGCAAAAGACAAAUUUCCACUAAGCUUCAAGGUGUUCAAGGUCGACCCUCAGUUCCAGCCCUUCUGGAAGAGGUUGCCACCCACCUUCUUUUCUCAAUUCAGAAAUGCUAUCGAGGGCAUAGCUUUUAAAACCAAGAGCAACCUCACAAAGUACUUCAGUCUGAGUACUGGGACCUACGUGGUGGUCACCUCGGCCCACAGUGAAGCAGUUGAGUUUUUGCUCCGAAUCUUCCUGAAAAUGCCAGAUGGUGACAGGAAUCUGGGCAGCAAUUUCAACCUUACAGCUCCAAAGGCAAGUCUUCUGGAAAAUGGCUCCCAAGAAAGCAUCUUCCACAGAUAUGCUCAACAGGGACUGAACAUGGAUGCCACCCAGCUUCAGAGCCUUCUCAACCAGGAGUUCCUGAAAGGAACUCCAGGGGACACGUUCUCUUUGGAUGAGUGCCGGAGCAUCGUGGCUCUGAUGGAUCUGAAAGUGAAUGGGCAGCUUGAUCAAGAGGAGUUUGCAAGGCUGUGGGGCCGGCUUGUCCACUGCCAGAGUGUUUUCCAGAACACCCAGGAUCGCUCUGGAGUUUUCCUGAGUUUGGAUUUGUGGAAAGCUAUAAAGGGUACAGGUAAAGCAGGGGCCCCUCGGAGUUGUCACGACUGGGGCCGUGGUGAUGGUGGGGUGUGUGUAUGUGAGAGAGAGAGAGGUGCACACGCCUCCCAUGCAGUAGGCAAGGCUGGUGCAGCAAAGCUGGACGGUCAGGAGAGAGCAGAGCAGUGGGCUCCGUGUCUUCCCUGGUGAACACCAGCCUCUUUGGGCCUCCGGGCUCAGAACUCAGACUCCAUUCUCCACAACCUGAGUUCUUGUGUGCCAGUCAAUUUUCCCAAUUGCCUUCUGUCUCCAAACAACUCUAACUGUGUGAAAAUAACCUCACAUCAUUGAUACCCUCCCAGAACUUAAGCUUGCCUUAGAGACACUUCCAUCUCAACUUCUGGGCUGUCAGGGUUAAACCCUCAUGAGCAGGUGGAUGCACUCUCUUCACGGAGGGUUUGUAGCUAAGUGAAAUCAACUGUCAUCUGUCUGCUUCAAGAAGGCAAGAGCUUUCAGUCCUAGGAUGAUGAUAAGGAUACCGUAGGAUGCCUAAGAGCUUCAGGGUUCAGGGAGAACUUGGACUCAUGUCAUCUCAUUUGAUUGUCUCAACUACUCUGUGAUCAGGAGUCAUGAUCUGCCCUAUACCGGUGGGGGAAAUGGAUCACACAAAGGUUAAGUCAGAAAACUGCCACCUUCCUUGAGAAAAUGUGAGAUCAGAGUCCCCCCAGGUAACCACUGGAAGGAGAUGCUCCACAGUUCUCCCUCCCGCGGGCCUUCAUACCAGAGGGCAGUGGUUCUCAAACUUGAGUGUGCUCCGGAACCCUCUGGAAGCUUGUUAAAGCACAGCUUGAUGAGCCUCACCCCUCACCCAAAACUUCUGAUUCAGGAGGGCUUGGGUGGGGCUCAAGAAUUUGUAUUUCUAAGAGGUUUCUA